GGUUUCUGGUAAUUUCCAUAAAAUAAUGCCUGACAUGAAUAAAUUUUCACUCUGUUAAUUAAAAUUUUUGGUGAUGGUCAACAUAUCGGACCGUCGGAAUAUUGAACCAUCGGACUAUCGGACCGUCGGACUACCGGCCCGUCGGACUAUCGGACCGUCGGAAUACUGGGCUUGAACCCUCGUUCUCUGUGUGUGUGUGUGUUACCAAGAGCAUAUCAGGAAUUAUUUUGUCAACAAAAAAACAGCAAAAGAAUGCGAUGAAUUUCAACGGAAAAGGGGAUAAUUGACAUUUGUGAAGUUUUGUUUUUCGAAUCGGAUUUCCUGCGUUCAACGUUACGUUUAGUGAUGUAGCAGUACAUGAAUCGUCACACAGCAUGGUGUAGGGGGUGUGUUCCACCCUCGUAACACAUCGCUCUGACGCGCUGCCCAGAAAUAUGCGUUGCGUCUCUUGGUCUGCUGGUACCCGUAACAUGACCACGUCAUUACUCAUAUUCCCUUGGGGUGCGGAGUAAACGGAAGUCAUUCACUAACUUUCAUGUGUCAGAUAUUUCUACGUCACUUGAUGGAUAGCAUAUAAUUGAAAUAUACACAUUUUUCGCCAGAAACAUACUAACUUUUGACGACUACACAUCAAAUUACUAUAAGUUCAGAACUACGCAGAAAAAAAUGUGGAAAGUAACUUUAAUUGCCGUGGUGACUUUGUUUGCGGGAACAAGUUUAGCACAGUUUAAUAAUUUUAACCAGCAAGGACCUCCACAGUUUGGGGGUGCCCAGAAUCAACAGUCUGGUGGAUUUCCUCAAAAUUUUGGACAACAGAAUCAAGGAGGAGGAUUCCAGCCUCAGAAUCAAGGUGGGUUCCCCAACCAAGGGCAGCAGCCCGGUGGCUUUCCAAAUCAAGGCCAACAACCAGGGGGGAAUUUUCCUCAGGGAGGACAGCAACCGGGAUUUCCCCAACGUGACAAUCAGGGAGGCGGCUUCCCUCAGGGUGGUCAGCAACCUGGUGGAUUUCCGAACCAAAAUCAAGGUUUACCGCCACAGAACCAAGGUGCUUUUCCGCCACAGAACCAAGGGGGAUUUCCUCCACAGAACCAAGGGGGAUUUCCUCCACAGAACCAAGGGGGAUUUCCCCCACAGAACCAAGGGGGAUUUCCACCUCAGGGGCAGCAAAAUGGUCCACAAGCAAAUAGGCCGGGACUCGGAGGAUUUCAGCCAAACGCCAUUGGUGGGUUUGGAACUGUCGGCAACAGGUUUGGUAACCCUUUCGUUCCUGGAAAUGUCCUUGGGGCCAAUUUACCUGGUGCAAAUGGAGCUGGAAAUAAUCAAAAUCAAUUCACCGCCGGGGGGCAGCUGUUUAUGAGCCUCUCACAGAACCCGAACAACUAUCGCUACGCAACUUGUUACUUUAAUUCGACGGAAAACAGUAUCAAAGGACGGGCCGACUUCAGACAAUUUUUGUUUGGUGACUCGGGGGUGGAUAUAAGAAUUCAGGUGGUGGGACUUCCCACUUCACCUGUUGAUACCCAGAGAGGAAUUCAUAUUCACGAAUUUGGAGACACCGGCGAGAGAUGUUCCCGAGUGGGACCUCAUUUCAACCCCACUCAGUCCCGUCACGGUGGCAGAAACAGCUACCCAUUCUUGCGUCAUGUUGGAGACUUGGGGAACAUGCUGCAGUCAGCCCAGGGCGUGACUUCUACACAGUUCAGAGAUGAGGUCAUUUCACUCCAGGGCCAGGGCAGUAUUCUGGGCAGAUCGCUGGUGAUAAAAUUGGAGCGGGAUGAUGAAGGCACGGGAACAAACUCCAACAGUCAACAGAACGGGAACGCGCGCACCCCCAUCGCCUGCUGCACGAUCGGACGAGCCAGCCCCGCUAACUGGAGGACUCCAUACUCCGAAGACGACCUGAUGGUCAUGUCCGGGGGAGCCUGGUCACCCAGCACAGGUUCUAGUUCAGACACAAGCCUCCAGGGAGCCCAGUCUGGUGUGAACACGCAGGGAACACAGACCAGGGUCAACAAUCAGGGAGCACCCACCAAUACCCAGGGAACACAGACAGGGUUCAACGCUCAGGGAUCAGGUCUAGGGGGCAGAAAUAGCUUUAAUACAGGUGGAUCACCGUUUUCAAAUAACUUAGGAGGCGGAUCUAACGCUGGACAGUCUUCCUUUGGUUUCUUAGGAAAUCAAGGAAAAUAAAGUUCCGUUUGUAAAAUAAGUGUGUGAAUGUGGUGAAAAUGUGUUGCGAGUGCUUUGUUAUUUAUAAAAUUUUUGUACAAUAAAUUUAUAAAUUGUU